UUUCCCGUCAGCUCGAAGGGAAGCAGGUCCGACCAGAGAGCAGUAUUUUUUCUAACUUCUGCGAUUAUUCGUGUCCAGAAGCACUCGGGGUUCUUCACGUGCUUUUUCAUCUAUGUCUCAGUUUUCCCUGUUUCGCCCCGGGCCCGCGUGUUCCCGGCUCAAGCUCUGAAAAUCGCUGUGCGACUGUUGCUUGUCAUCCGCAGAUUCAAGAGUUGUCGGACUGUUCACCGCGUUUUCCUCCUUCGCUUUCUUCCAGUUCUUCUCGAGUCCUCCUCCCAUGGUUCUAUCGCCUCUUCCUCUUCCUUUUUGCCGGACUUCUCCACCUCUCCUUCCCUCUAUAUUUCUCUCUGGGUCCACAUUUGCCACACAGAGGCAGCGACCUGUUUCCCUUCCCAGCUUAUCUUGUUCACUUUUCUCCGUCUCGUGAGGCCAGUUCUGAACUCUUCUUCGCGCUGCCUCUGGGACCUCCUGCCUCGGCUGCUCUGCAGUCGCGUCGAGUCGCCGCUGGCAGCCACCCUGACAGCUUCUGUUACAUCAGCAGUUCACGGGGCUCAACAGUCCCGCGAGUUGUAGCAUCAUAAGUAGCUCGACGUCGCCUCUGUGCAGUGGUCCGCGAUCCGGAACUGCACACCGUUUCUUUUGUUUUCCACGGUCUCCGCUGCCUCCCCCCUGCGAGAGAGAAGAGAGAAUCUUGUCUCUGGCCGCACGUAGACGAGCCUCAGGCGCAGAAGACCGCUCCGGCUCUCGGGCGGUGGUACUAGAUGUCAGUUGUGAUACGCAGGAACUCAGCGGAGAAUCUUUGUUCGGGAACUGAGGGUGAGUCUGACGGGAUCCCAGGCAGACCGCGCGCGUUUGCUGGAACCGAGGAAGCUACGGCUUGUCAGCUCGGAGUCCGAGUGUUCCCUUGAGCGUCUCUUCGUUCCGCAGAAACCCACAAAAUGCGUUUCCUGUCUCCACCAGACUCGCCCUCGGGGAUCGAAGAUGACGUCGGCGCGGCUCCGGCGACCUCUGAGGUGUCUGAGGCUCAGAGUCACUACACCCGGCAGCGCUCAGAGUGGCAACGCCGUUUCGCUGGCCCUCCCAGUUCCGCUUCGUCCGGCCUCCCGGCUUCUUCUGCCUUCGUCGCGGGAGGUUCUCUCCACUCCAUGAGCACGCAGAACAAAGUCGUUGUCCUCCCGCCGUCGCUCUCCGCCGCCUCCGCCGCCUCCGCCGCAGCGGCUUCGUCUUCCGCUGCUGCUCCGCCAACCCCCUCAACUCCCGCGACCGGCGUUCUGCAAAGCGCCUCGGGGCGCCCGGGAGCAGCUGCGGCUGUCACCAGUUCGAGUGCUGCGGCUUUAGUGGCGAAGGCCUUCGGACGAGCAGGAGGAAAUGCCAAGUUCGUCGCCGCAGCCGAGGUGGCGGAAAAGGCGGCGCAGGCUGUCGCGGCUGGCCGCAGCGAGGUGGGACUGGCGCCCGACGCGAAGGUUGCUGGGAAGCCCGUUCAGAGCUUCUCACACAUCAAAGUCAUGAAGGAGGGGACGUGUCUCGAAGUCUUGUGCUUGCCGGUCCUCUUCCAGAAAGUCGCUCCCAGAGACCGCCUCGUCAUCGGCCGCGGGGAACAGGCAGACAUCCACACCGACCACCCCAGCUGCUCGCGUCUGCACGCCGAGAUCCGCCGGACCGCCGCCGCUGGCACAGCCAGGUGUACGUACACCCUGCGGGACCUGGGUAGUGGCCACGGGACGCUUCUGAACGGCGGGAAGAUCGCCGCGGGGAAGGAAACGGAGCUUGAGGACGAAGACGAGGUCCAGUUCGGCUUUUCGCAGCGGCUGUACAUCUUCUUCGGAGGCAGAGAGUCGCUCGACGACUCCGCAUGCCCUCCCGCUGUCUCACCGACUGCCGCGCCUGGCCUGACACCGAGUGGCGGCGGAGACAGUGCGUUCGGGCCGAAGCCGCGCGGUCCGAACUUUGAGCCUCCGACUGGGAGUUCGGCGACGUGUAACCCGCAACGUAGUCCGUGGACGGGAAGCGCACCACCUCAGCCAGGCCCACCGGCGGUGCCGCCGCCGCCUCCAGACGAUUUCUUUCCUUCGCAUGCAAAGGGUGGCUUUUCUCCGACUUCGCGGCAGAGCUGGGGCAGAAGCCCCGUGGGCGCCGACCGCGUCGGACCUGCAGGCUCUCAGUUCGGAGGCGUCUCUGGGUGGGAUUCAGACGCCUCUGCUUCCUCGAACUCCGGAUUCGCAGCGCCCGAUGGCAUGCGCCAACGCGAGGUCCAGACUGCAUGGCGCGGCGGAGAGUGUGGAAACGGGUUCCAGUGCAACUCGGGAGAAUGGUCAGAAGCAGACACGCGUUUCCAGAGUGCCGGCUGGGGAGGAGGCUGGAACUCUUCCGCCUACGAAACAUCCGCAGGUCCGCAGACGCCAGGGUACGGGGGCCAACAGGGAAGAUGGGCGGGACAAGGCACGGAAAACUACUACGAUUCCGGAUCCCCAGGGUUCAGUUGGGGCGGGAGCAACUCGGGUGUCUGUACACCCGGGGGGGAGAGCUACGGCGAAGGCCCGAUGAACUCGGGUGUAUAUACACCCGGGGGAGAGAGCUAUGGCCAGGGCGAUAGUCGGGGGUCGGCGCCGCGAGUGUCUGGUUACGCGUCUUUUUCGCCUUGGUCGCUUGGAAGCGGCCAGGGGGGAGAGGAGUGUUCUUCUUACACGUUCGAAGAGGCCGGAAAGUCGCAUCUUUACACUCCUUUCGCUGAAGACAGUCGUGGCAACGAGGCCUGGGGAACAGCGAACGGCGUCUCUCCGGAGAAGGGGUCCAGGUCGUUUGCGGAGCCGAGACUGGACAUGGCCGCGAGGAAGAAGCUCUGGCAAAAUCGGACGGAGAAGAAGGUGGACACGCAGCGGGAGCUCCAGGAACACAAAGAAAGGGUAAUCAAGGAACACAGCGAGCGUGUGCUUCAAGAGAAGCAGACCCUGCUGUUGCAGAAGCAGAAACUCGUCGAAAAACGGCGUCGGAACCAAGUCGAAGAGGCGUCUGCGGCUGCGGCGAAACGUGCGCGGGGGGACACAGAGACAUCCGAGAGCGAGGCGACAAAAGCCGCUGAUUCUGGGGCGUCAGACGAAUCCGGAGCCGCUGAAAAAAUAAGCAGAGAGCGCAGCCGCGGGAGCUCCUCAGAGUCUUCGCUGGAGACGGUGAACGAACUCAGGAAUGGGCAGGAGACGAAGGAGACAGACGAGGAAGGCGAAAGCGAUGAAAGGAAGAAUGCGGUGUACUGUUCGCACAUUCUGUUGAAGUUCAAGAGACGGAAGGAAGACGGAGAGUGGACGAGAAAGUCGCGGUCAUCCAAGAACGUCAACGCGGGAAGCGAGGACAUCGCCCGAGGGGGCUUGCCGGUGACCCGGACCCGCGCUGACGCCUUCAGCAUGCUGGAGAGUGUGCGGCAGAUCGUGGAAGAAGACAACACUCAGUUCGGGGAGAUCGCGGCGGAGUUGUCUGACUGCCCUUCGAGUAGAAAGCGCGGCCUUCUCGGCUGGCUUUCCCCGGAGAGCGAGGAAGGUCAAUCGGAGAAAAGCGACACAGAGACGAAAGGCUAUAGCUUGCCGGUGGAAGUGGUCCAGGCUGCUCUCCAGCUGCCAGUCGGAGCCAUUAGUCACGUCGUGGAAAGUGAAAACGGAGUUCACCUUCUGUACCGGAUUAAAUGAAGAAAGAGAAUGGAAUCUUUAACGUUGAAAACAAGCAGCGAAACGCAACGCAACGCAACGUGUCGCCUUUUCAACCAGUUGGGACCCACCCACGAAAACUCCUGUUGUCGGAAAUAAAACGGUCUCUGUUGUCGCGGCGGAGUUCGCCGGCUGUCUCGACUCCCGGCGCGGGAACGAACGCAUUUCGAUUUCUCUCUGUGUGUGUAGGACUAUGGAGGGAGAUCUCGUCAAUGACUCUGAAGGAAAUUCUUGUGUAGCCUUUUCCGAAGGAAGCGCACACGAAAAGCAAAGAUAGACGAACGCGAGUUUCCGUGAAGAGAAGCUCAUUCCACCCUCCGAUGCACCUUGCUUCGAAAAUCGGGAGUCAAGAGACCGGGCCAUGCCUUCGGGCGUCUGUUUCUCCCCACGCUACCACUUCUGGAUGGGUUUGUUUUACUGUUGUUGGCAGCAGUCAACGGCUUGGUUUCGGGUGGAUUCAGAGAAAAAAGGGAGCUUCCCUUCUGCCGCUGUAAACAACAUUGGUUGGACCUCCCCAGUUCUGAACGAGGGGGGAGGGGUGCGCGUUCCCAGACGAAAUCGGCUUUUUCGAUUGGCACUCCUGACAACUUUGACGUGAGAGACGAGUGCAUUUUCGAUAUCCUUUUUUUGUAUUGUCUCGGUUGGACUCAUGUAAACUGUUAACUGGAUACCUGUACGCUCUACGAGAAAGGA